UUUCGAAUGCGCGUUUUGCAGACUAUAAAAACCAGCACGGCUCAUUGGGUUUCUCAUAGUAUCCAAGUUCCCUUCAUUGGAGUUGCAAACUUACAAAUAGGCACAGGUCAUUUUAUCUACCAUAAUGUCAUCGCUUCAUCUCAGAUCGACUCUAAAGAAAGCCGCUCUGCUGGCCAACCGGAUUGGCACUAACGGCCGAAAAGCCGCACUAGGUCAACUUGCUUCGGCCAACAAGUUGCAACCGAUGCCAGAUGCAUCGAAAUUUAUAAACCACAUCGUUACAAAAAACAAGGAACUCAUCAAAGUGAAAGGACUCCAGGUCGCUCCGGCUGAACUAGAAGACAUUCUGACUUCCCAUCCGGCUGUAGCUGAAGCUGCUGUGAUCGGAAUCCACGACGAACACGCCGGUGAACUCCCUCGAGCUUACGUCGUCAAGAAACCGGGAAUGGAAUCGGUCAGCGAUGCUGAAAUUCAGGCAUUUGUCGACUCCAAGGUCUCAUCCCACAAACAAAUCAAAGGAGGGAUCGAAUUGUGCGCAGCAAUCCCUAAAAACAAUACGGGCAAAAUCCUGCGCAGAGAGUUGGAAGUCCAGUACGCCAAUGAUUUGAUGAACAGAAUAUAUUCUGCCAUGGAUUCAACUGCUAAACAAAUGUCGCAACUCUGAAACUGUAAUUUUUUUAAAACUUUAAUUUGUUAUAUCCUAUUCGCAGCAAUGCAAAAAAAUGCAUGUUUAAAAUUUAUGUUUUUCACCAAACAUUACUAUGUCUGUAAAUCUGUAAAAUAGCUUGUGUUUACUCAAAAAAGAAUCGAUCGUCUGCAUCAA